GCUGAAGCCUCUAGGAGGGGUACCCCACACGCACAGAGCGGUUGCUGGUGUGCGGUAUUCGCGCGCGCCGUCUGAUGUCGUACGGAGUCAGGGAGGAAUCGGUGAGCGAUUUUUAAAAACAGUUCCAUCUGAGACAUUGUGUGAAUUACAUGUGUCCUGAGAAGCGUGAUCCGCGAAGAAGCUCGACUGAGUUUUGGGAAGUUGUGUUUUGGUAAAAGCUCGGGACGUGAUUCGCGCAGAUUUUGAACGAUCUUGGAAAUCGAUCGAAGUGAAAUUUUGGGGGUAUCCUCACACGAGGUGUAAACGACUUGGAUAAGAAAGGACUCUGUCAGUGAUCCGGUGUGAUUCGUAACGGAAAGACACGCGCUAUUCUUAGAUCGUAGUGGCACGCGUACGCAUGCUUGGAAGACGCUACCGAGUUGUACGAUAGUGGAGUGAGAGUUGUUGCAACUGUUACCAUUUGAUGGAUUAGAGUGCUCUGGAGAAGGAUAUACAAGUGCGGAAAAUCAGUGAACACAGUGGAAAUAAAAGUUAAUAGAUUACGAUCCAAGUUGGAAUCAUUAAGCGAAACGCAGAUGCAUCUUCCGGCUAGCAGCGAGUGUCAAACUCCUCCAGAAGUGGCUAAAAGUAUGGCUGAUAUGUUCUCGAAUCUUCAUGACAUGCUGCAGGAGUAUCAUGGAGAGCUGGUGCAAACCGGAUCGCCGGCGGUCCUCUGUUCAGCCCUGCCGACGCACUGGCGCUCCAACAAGAGCUUGCCGUGUGCCUUCAAGGUUAUCGCCCUGGACGAUAUCCAGGACGGAACCGUGGUUACAAUCAAAGCCGGCAACGAUGAGAAUUGUCACGCCGAGCUACGGAAUUGUACGGCGAUCAUGAAAAAUCAGGUGGCGAAGUUCAACGAUCUUCGCUUCGUCGGCAGAUCCGGCCGAGGGAAAUCAUUCUCGAUUACGAUAACAAUCAGCACGUAUCCCUGCCAGAUCGCAACCUACACCAAAGCAAUCAAAGUGACCGUCGACGGACCGCGGGAACCUCGAUCUAAGCAGAAUUUCGCCUAUGGCCAUCCGGGUGCAUUCAAUCCGUUCAUGCUCAAUCCGGGAUGGAUCGAUGCGGCCUACAUGAACUACGCCUGGUCCGACUACUUCCGGCAGCACCAGCAACUGCAGGCCCAGCAACAAGCGAGUCAACCGAAUCCGGUCACGGCAGCAGGAAAAGGUUCACCAACGUUACCAACGCCAAACGGUACAACUGGACCUCUUCUGCCUACGCCACCAGCAGACUUCAUGUCCCUGUCGGGAGCCCAGCCAACUCCAAACGGCCUUCCUACCCCAACCGGUCCGGUGUUACCCAAUGGAGCCACCUAUCUCCCCCAGUUUCCCUUCGGACCGCACGCCGAUCUGCAUCUAAAAUCUCCAUUCCUGCCUUAUGACAUCUCACCACUUCGUGCCAACGGUCUCCGAGGACCUCACCAGCUAUCCGCCACCAUAACCCUUUCCUCAAGUGACUUCAUCUCCUCGUCCCGCCUUUCCCCCGCCUCCUCCAGAAAUUCUACUUCCUCCCCUCCAUCAACCCUCAAUCAAUCACAAAUCAAAAUGAGCAUUGAACUCAACUCCACCAACGAGCACUCGUCCGGUGAGGAGUCCGACGAUGAACACAUCGACGUCGUAAAGUCAGCCUUCGUACCGAUACUCCGACCUGCUCCAACUUCGUCAGCUGACACCACCUCGGAUGCUCAACCUCAUGCACCGCUGAAAUCGGAAACACCCGAUUCAACGACCACCACUCCCAGUUCUCCACCUCCUCCAGCGCCACCCUCGGCACGCUGCGAACUGAAAGCUCCGUCUUCGAAGAAACCCCAAUUCCACGAAUCAGCGCCAAGUGAACCGGCAUCCCCGGAGAAUACAAAGCUGAAGUCGCCCAACCUUAUCAUCAAGCAGUCGGCAAAAACCGUUUGGCGGCCCUAUUGAGAGUAUCUGCUGCUCUCCAAGGUGCUCCUCUCCCGGCUCGGGAAGUAGCUUGUAGCCAAUAAUUCAGAGUUCUGGUGAUAUUAAUGUUAGGAGGAUAAUCGGUGAUUUUAGCAAGUAGCAACAGAGAGAAAGACGUCAAUUUGUACAUACUGAACCGCAAUAUGUGAAUAUGUUGUAUAGUUCUACAACUAGCGCUAUGUGAGAUUUUUUUUUAUAUUAGAGAUAUAAAAAUCAAAAAAUCGUUGUAUAUAGAACAGAAUGUUUAAGUUGAACUAUCGGAAAUUUGGGUUAUGAUAGACUCGAAUUGAUUUCUCAAUUUAUUUAGCAAUCAAAGGUACCAACAAUCGGAAAAUUUUGUAAAGAUUAAUAUUAAUUUUAAACUUAAUUUAAUUUAAUCCCUAGCAAGUAAAUGUUGAAACACAAGAAACAGGUACAUUUUUAUAGUACAAAACGUGGUAUUUAAGGACAGGCCGUAGACCGACACUGGAAUAUGCCGAAACGUAAGAGAAUAAAUCUUUAUAAAAAAUCUACAACAA